AACGUGAUGACUUUGAAUACAUAAAUGCUACAUACGAGUACAUAAACGAUACAUACAUUGAGGACGAUUGUCCUGGCUUGAAUGCCUGUUUCUUUGCACCACCGAAUUCAACUGACCAAGAAGGAAAUAUGUACCUUGGAGAAAAUUUCUUCACCGAUUAUUGCAAGUAUGUCCAGGAACUCGUUGAUUGUGUGGAGGAGUUGGAUAGUUUUAAAGUCACAGAAUGUGUUGAUCAAACAAGAUUCAUCUCAAUGUACAAGUCGAAAGAAACAAGUCUUUGCAUUAAUCCUAUAUACCCACUCUUAAAGAACUUGCGACAGUGUAUGAACAGCUUGAACAAGAAGCUUGGUAACUAUACUGAGACAUUGCAUACCCUCAUGGUACCCCCUGGACAGGAUUUCACAGCAAAUGAUAAAAAUAUAUAUAAAGUUGUUUCUGUGG